UUGGCUGACUCUGAGGAACACGCAGCUCAUUGGACGUUCAAGGACUACAAAACGCCUCUUGACUCGGCCACUUCCUCUUCCUGCUUCUUCGUGUUGACGUGACGUACUUUUUUGGCGCGCCUGAUUUUCACAUCCAGCAAACACAACCACAGUCCAGCAGAAAAACCUCUAGUAACUCCAGUAUUAUAGAAAAAGUAUGGACGAAACCCAGCCACCAAAAUCUGGUCAUCUAAGCGGCGCCACAGCCAGGAAGAGAGAAGACUACCUGGAGUGGCCAGAUUACUUUAUGGCUGUUGCUUUUCUGUCAGCUCAAAGGAGCAAAGACCCAAGCUCACAGGUGGGAGCGUGUAUCGUGAACCAGGAGAAUAAGAUAGUUGGCAUCGGUUACAAUGGCAUGCCCAAUGGCUGUGAUGAUGAUCUGCUACCCUGGUCCCGCUCUGCUGACGACCGGCUUGACACUAAAUACCCGUAUGUGUGCCAUGCAGAGCUGAAUGCCAUCAUGAACAAGAACAGUGCUGAUGUGAAAGGCUGCACCAUGUACGUGGCUUUGUUCCCUUGCAAUGAGUGUGCCAAGCUCAUCAUCCAGGCAGGCAUUAAGGAAGUGAUCUAUCUUUCUGAUAAGUACCACGACAAGCCGGAAAUGACAGCCUCCAGAAGGCUGCUCGGCAUGGCAGGCGUACAGUACACACAGUUCAAGCCCAAGAGGACCGAGAUUGUGAUUGAUUUUAAUUCCAUUAACCACCCUGGGAUGCUGGAACAACGGGAGUGAAAACGCAAAUAGUUCACCUUGGGGAGCUGCUGAAUGUAGCGGGAUGCAGAGGAGGACUGAUAACGUUAACAGGGACUUUAAUGGCUUCUUUCUGUAGCCCUAUAUCUUCUUGCCUACUGCUUUGCCCCCCCCAAAAAACUCCAGGAUGCCUUUACUUAUGUGUCUUUUUAAAUUUUUAUUAUCCGGACAUUCAAGAUAGUUGACACAAUGCCAGUGUGGCCGACUAUGGUAGAAAGUCUUUCCAAACUGUUAUUUACUGUCAUUUAAAAAAACAAAACCCUUUGGGUUAAAGAACACACACAGACUCCGAACACAUUUUCUUGAGUGUUUUGAUUUUAACAUAUAUUGUGCUGUGGAUCAGAUGGGGGGAGGGGGACCUGAAUCAUUUAUUUCCUCCUCAAACGAAGUUCCAGAUGAAUAUUUAGGCACACUGAUUUUCUGUUUGACCUCCCACAUUCACAAUGGAAGCUGCCCAGUAAAAUGAUCUUAUGUUACAUACUGAGAACUGUUCUGUGUUACUGUUGGAGUUUUAGGCUGUGUGAAGAUGAAUAGCUUACGAGUAUACUGUAAGAAUGGCUGGAAUAUCUAAUCAUCCAACCCAGACACAUUUCUUAUACAAUAAAUGUUGCAUGGUUGUAUCAGGGUCACUCCGUUGUUUACUGGUAACUUCCAUUAGGUUGGCACUAUGUUUUUUGCAGUGGAGUUCAUCAAAGUUUGCGGAAAGUGGCCACUGUUUAAGUUUAGAAUUAAACAUUUAUGACAUUGUUUGCAGAUGAUGAUUUGCAGGGAACAUUAAAAACAUUAUAGAUAUUAA